CAUAAGUUAUUGCUAGGUCAAAAACAAAACGUACAUUUAUGUGAAAUUUUGGAAGACUAAGUUAAUUCUGGUAUUUUGUGUUCAUGAUGUCGGAUAAGCGAAAUAUGUUAUCGAAAUUUCGAUCGAGGGACCAGAAAUGGAUGCGACUGGCGGCAAGCGAAAGGAGAAACCUGUAAGCGACCCGGCCGGAGAGGAUGGGGAUUUUGUGCAGCUCAGGAUCGUCAGAGAGAGGAGGAAGCAGCAAAUCAGUUCGAAUGGCCCCGCGGUCGACAAACGCAGCAUACCGGAAGGUGCGGUGAUCGAGGAGAAGCAGGUGACGUUCCGCGAGGAGCCCAAAAUCCGCCCAACCACCGCCGCAAGAGAGCGCGCGGAUGAUGACCUCCGGGAGCUGAUAUUUGCCACCGUUGAUACCAACGACCAUAGAAAGUUGAUGUCAGUUAUUUCAAGCAUUGGCAAAAACAAUUUGCUCCAAGAUAUACGGAAUAAGGAAACAGACGUGAAUGUGCUCCAUUACGCUCUUUCACAUGAUAAGAUGGAGACAGCUAUUAAUCUGAUUGACCAAUGUUCACUCGAAAUGCUGACGUCACAUCACGUGGUACACAAAUCCGGCGUCUCUGGAAGAAACAAUUGUUUGCAUAUCAUUACGGAGAAAAAUGAUAUUGAGAUGGCAAAACUUUUACUUUCAAAACUACCUUCUACAGAAAAGAAGCUGGAUGUGAUAAAAUUAGAGACAGCUAUUGACAUUGAAGGUCAACGACCAAGGUUAUUUUCUUGCUUGCAUUUAGCCGCAUAUUACGGUCACACACAACUGGUGCGAUUGUACCUAGACACCGGAAUCGACGUUAAUCAUUUGAACGGCAAAGACGACACCGCUUUAUUAUGGGCCGCUAGGUGGGGACACAACGAAACCGUUAGUUUGCUGUUAGACAGGGGCGCGGAUACCGAGGUUUUAAACGACAAAGGAUCUACGGCGCUUUAUUGGGCAAUAAGGUACGAGUUUCCUAAGACUGUAGGUGUCUUGCUUCAAAAGGGAAAGGCGAAUCCGAACACGAAACGAAAACUCGGUCUUGUGGCGCCAAUCGUAAUCGCAGCGGCUUAUGGUAACGUGGAAAUAAUGUCUCUGUUGUUGCAGCAUCCGGAUAUCGACAUACACGUCCGCAUCCGUGGUGGUGAGAUGGCGGUGCACCAUGCCGCUAAAGAGGGCUGCACGGAUGUGCUGGAUAUGCUUAUUAAGCGUGGUGCAAAGUUUGACGAACAGGACGAAAUCGGGGACACUCCUUUACUGCUCGCAGCAAAGAACGGGAAUUAUGACAUUGUACAUAAUUUAAUACGGCGGGGCGCAAACGUAAAUCACCGGAAUCAUGAAGGCCACGACGCCUGGUACUUCGCCAUUGAGGACGAGGAAGACAACUCGUUGCUAAGCAGCCUGGUGUCGGCGACCAGAGGCCAGGACAUGCUGUGGAGACAUCCACUCUGCAUCGCGGCGAGCAACGGUAGAAUCGACAAGAUCAAGUGUUUGUUGAACAUGCAUAUCGAACCGAUAAGCGCUGACGCCGACGGCAAUACGUUUCUGCACCACGCCGCGAUGUCAGACAAACACGAAGUUAUCGAUAAAUUUAAUUCGACCAUUUCAAUCAAUAUACAGAACAACCGCGGGAAUACGCCUCUUCACAUCGCCUGCUAUAGGGGAUACUCAAAUACCGUAAAAGUUCUCCUGAAAUACAAAGCAAAGGCAGACGUUAAAAACAGCAAAGGAGAAACCGCUUUACAUGUCGCUGGAUAUUCCAAACAUAUAACCGCCGAGACUGCGAGAGAACUUGUGGACUACAUUAUUAAGACGCAUGCUUGGGAGAGCUUAAACGAUAAGGACAACGAAGGCAACAACCCUUUACAUAUCGCGGGCAAACACGCCAAACCGGAAGUUCUCUGGGAGUUCCGUUUUGUCCGCUUCAAGGAUCGGGACAAGGACGGCCUGAUCCCCUUGCAUGAGGCAGUGCGACCCGGUCAACCCGAGGCACUCGAUAUGAUGCUGGAUAUCUUUGAAAGCAUGAAACGCGAUGCGAGGAUAAACGAGCAAUCUUACGCAACCAGCGAGACGGUUCUACAUUUGGCCGCAUCCGAGGGACACAGCCGUUGUGUUCAAAGGCUGAUUGGACUUGGAGCGGAUCUGUCUUGUAAAGAUGUAAACGGUAAUACGGUGCUUCAUCGCCUUACGCUUGCAUGCGUGGAGGACAGUAAAAAUAUCAGCCGCCACCUCGAAGUUCUCGAAACCGUUUUUGACAAUGUUGUUAAGUGGUGGUGCAUAAAAAAGAAUAUACCGUUCCCAGAGGAAGAAAACCGCGAGGUCUAUAUGUCUUAUCGGCGCGACUCUACGCAAUUCCUGGUCAACAACGUUGUAAACGGCGAAGGGCUGUCCGUCUUAGACAUGGCAUUUAAAUACGUAGUACCGGACAUUCUUUCGCGACUGCUGAUGAUGCCCGAUGUAACAAAGUACGAUGUUACCAAAGACAUUCCUACAGGAGUACAUACCUACAGCUUUGAUAUCACCGGGAUCACUCCGAGAACGAACAAUGCUAUUCGGGGUUGCUGCAGUAGAGCGUCCGUCUCGCCUCUCUUAGAAAAGGACAUGAAUGCAGACGUCGGUGCAGGGGGAUCAAGACUCUCAGGAUUAGAAUGGCUCAUUACUCACACGGUCAAAACACGGGCCGCGGAGAUUCUCGAUUUGCCUCCGAUACAAAUGAUUGAACGAUACUACACGUCAAUGGUUGCCUGGACGUUUGCUUUAUUGAUGGUCGUUCACAUCGUCUACAUGAGCGUAUUCACGUACGUUGGAAUCGACUUGCUUGAGAAACUACGGAAUGCAUCUAGCAUUUCUUACUCGAAUCCUGAAACAGUGCUCUUGUACGCGUUCGUCCCUCUAGAACCCGCGGUCAUCAUCCUGUACAUGAUCUGGAGCACCGGACGGUACCUGUGGACCGGAGACAUAAAAAGGAAGGCGCGACUCAGCCGGAAGAGCGGAUUCGCUCUGGGCGUGUCCAUUUUUGGCUCUUAUAUUUUUCUUGUUGUGUGCACUGUUUUUGCUGGACUCGUUCUAGCGUGGAUUGCGCUGUUUUCUGUGCGUUACACGUACAACGAUUAUUUCUUCUCCUCCGCCGUUUGCAUCGGCUGGCUUUUAACUGUAUCGUUCACACGGGGAAUACGUGCAAUACAUUAUUUCUACCGAAUGCUAUUGAGCAUGAUGCUCCGAGACGUUGUUCGCUUCGGGAUUGUCUACCUGUUCGUGAUCUUGGCGUUUGGCUUCGCGUUCCACGCUCUGUUCCAAGUGUCUCAGGAUAUCGUCAAUGACUACCUUACAGUCGGCGACACACUUUUCCUCACUUUCAACAUGAUGAUUGGCAUGGGUCAGUUGUUCGAAGGAGAAUAUGAGAAGAACCUGGUCGCCGUGGGGAGGACGCCCGCGUACUCCAAAAUCCUGUACCUCAUCUACAUCAUCCUUUCCACCAUUAUAUUACUGAAUUUGCUGAUCGCGAUGAUGAACGACUCUUACACGACGAUUCUGAGGGAGAAUCAAGUCACGUGGCGUAUUGAGGUGGUCAGCCUCGGAGUCGAGAUGGAGUCAUCAUUUCCGAUGGCGGGAAAGUUCUCGAACGUUCAAAUUAAACAUGGCGGCGUUGACAGUAUUGUUAACGGCGUGUCACCGGAACGCUGGUACGUAUCGAUAGCUGACGCAGAGUUCAGAGAACAGAUGCGCGAGAUGGACCGGAAGUACUACACGAACCAGGAAGAGGUCACCAAGCGUCUGAAUGACCUUGAUUCCAAGAUGGUUGAAAUGGAGCGACUGACUAGCAAUAAGCUGCAACAGAUCACGGAUCUGCUGGAACAAAUCAAGAGGAAGUGAUAAUAAAAUAACGGAAGUGAAUUCGUUUACAAAUGUUGAUACAUCAACGUUUUAACACAUGACGUAUGGUAGAAAAAGUCGCUCACGGCCGAUGACAAGAGCGGAAAGCUGGAAGAAUUAAUAUGCUGUGAAUAUUUCAAUAAACCAAUACGGAUUAGUGGUUUUUGCAUACGGUGAAUGUACAUAAUACAACGAGAUAAGAAAGAAAAAUUCAAACUACUUUUUUUUCAUAAUUAUUCUGUUCUGUCUUGUCAAAAUAUCCACAUUAAAAAAAACCAUGCACAUUUACUUCACGACAUUUCAUAUGUAUUGUAUUUUAAGACAUAUGCAAUACACUGCUCAAUCUGUCGUGUAUAUUAAGCUCAUGUAUUCUCACAAAACCCGCAGAAUUCAGCUCUUGUAAGGUUUAAUCUUGAGAGAAUGUUGUAUACUUAUAUCUUUUUGGAAAAGGGGUACACAAAGUACGUGAACGAGCAAUUGGAUUUUCUGCUCUUUCCUCAUUCUCAGAUACUCAUAGUAUGUACACAGUAUACUAGAAAGAAUUUUUGGAAUAUCUGUUUAUAUAUGCAUAUCACUGUAUUUAUUUAUGCAUUAUUUUAAAGUGCAAUGUUUUAUAAGAAAUAUGGUUAUUUAUUAAAGCGAAAAACGCC